UGAGAUAUCAAAGAAGAGAACAUCAAAAAAGCGAAACGAAGAUGAAACUCAAUGUGGAGAAUAAAAUCACUCUAUUUGAUGGUAAAUUCGAUGUAGAUGCUAUUUUUCGGCAGAAGAUUUAUGAGGAGAUGGAUGCUGAUCGGGAUGAGGCGCUCUAUCUCUGUAAUUUGUCGGAAGUUGCCAAGAAGUAUGACAUCUGGUGUCAGAAGAUGCCACGUGUCAAGCCUUUUUAUGCUGUUAAGUGUAACAGUGAUGAGAAUGUGAUUAGAGUGAUGGCAAAAUUAGACAUGGGCUUCGACUGUUCCUCACGGACUGAGAUCAAUGCUGUUCUCAAGCACGGGGUCACUCCUGAUAGAAUAAUUUAUGCUCAUCCCUACAAAGCCAUCUCCCACAUUCGCUAUUCCAUUGCCAAUAAAAUAAAUGUCAUGACAUUCGAUUCAACAGAAGAACUCAAGAAGAUUCAAUUUAUUUGUCCAGAAGCACUCCUUGUCCUUCGCAUUCGCUGUGACGCAGAGAAAGCCUAUGCUCCUAUAGGUGAUAAAUUUGGAUGUGAUCCAAAGUUGGAAGGUCGUCUGUUGCUCACUCAAGCAAAGAAUCUUGGUUUAUCCGUUAUUGGUAUCAGCUUCCACGUUGGUAGUGGUUGCGAAGACCCACCAUCAUUUCGGAAAGCCAUUGCUGCAGCUCGGACUUUGUUUGACUACGGUACAACUCUUGGACAUCGCAUGACUUUGCUGGAUAUUGGAGGAGGAUUUCCUGGGCAUAUUGGUAGAGAGAUUGACGAGAUUACUAAUGUAAUUAAUACUGCUCUUGAGGAUUAUUUUCCACCUGGAGAUUACAAUAACGUGAAGAUUAUCGCAGAACCAGGAAGGUUCUUUGUGUAUUCUGCUUAUACUUUGGGAGCAACUAUUCAUUCCAAGAAACAACUCUUGGAUUCAAGUGGGAAUGCGUAUCAUGUGAAGUAUUUCAUCAACGAUGGUGUUCAUGGAACCUUCAAUUUUCUUCUAUACGGUAUUCCGUUAAGCUCAUGUUAUGCUCUGACUAGGAGAACUGCUGACAAGAAAGUAACGAACGAUUCAUUAGUUCAGUGCUCACUCUUGGGUCCUACCUGUAAUGGCUUCGAUAAGAUGACAGAAAAUGUUCAUCUGCCACAUCUUGACAUCGGUGAUGUUAUUGUCUUUCCUAACAUGGGUGCCUAUACCCUCAGCAUGUCCAGUACAUUCAAUGGCUUCCCAAAACCACGAAUAUUGUAUUUCCAGGAGCGCGAGGGUUCCACUGACUGAUCCGGUCAGUAAUUACUAGAGAUAAUUAACUGAAGGGAACUGUUAUUUAAUAUUGCUUACACUUAUUACCUUUAUUAUUAAAAUGCUUCCUUAAAUGGAGAUAUAUUAUUUGAGAAAUAAAACAAAACAUGAAGAUACCAACAGAAAAAUUCUAAAACAUGUGAAUAAAAGGAAGUAGUAGUAAAUAAUAAAUUACUUUUUAUUAAUAAUUUUUUUGUUUCACUUUCAUUGGGCAUAAAUUUCUUGUUUACGGUCACAACAGGCCUAAGGCCUAAGUACUGGGUAAAGGAAGUGAAAAAGGUAAAUAAAAAGGAGCCAUAAAUUGCGAUAUAAAAACUGCUACAAGAUGUGGAUCUUAGAAAAAGAUUUAAUUACACUAUAAAUGUAUAAAUUGUUUUUCUUCACAAAUUCUGUAGUUUUCUUUAUUGCAAAUAAGACACGAUACUGAAAAACAAAUGAUUAGGCUAGAUUAAGGUAUUUAAAACUAGAUUCUUAUUUUGAGCAACCAGGAAAAGCUUAGGAACUGAUUAGAUUAGUAGAUUGUAGUAGGGGCGGUAUCUUAAAGGUCCGCUUUACCCAGACCUCCAUUUAGGCACAUUAUGAUGCUAUUCCAUUAAAAAUGAACUUGCUUUUUUUUAGCACUUUACUGUUCUAAAGUUCCUCUGGAUUAUCGACUUUUUUGUGUUGGUUUCUGUCUCGACUGUCAUCUCCAGUAUUCACCGUGUUCUAAAACUAUCAAACAGUCGUGAGAGGAACUAAUACAAAUAAAAGUCAAUUUAUAUAGUAACACUUGAGAACAGUAAAGUGCUAAAACAAAGAAGUUCAUUUUCAUUGGAAUAGCACCAUUAUACAGUAGGUGUCAUAAGUUUGUUACGUCUCGUAUGUUGAAGAAACUAGGUGGGAAAAAAGAUAGAAAAAUUUUACUUUUUAAAAAUUUUCUUUUUGCAAAUUGGUUGCCUGUAAUCCGUAGAUCUUAUUAAUGUAUUUUAUAAAUAAUAAUUAAUCUUAUUUCAUAUGAAAAAUAAUUGUUUGCCAAAAGUUGAUUAUUUUUAAUUCGUCAAAAGUUUGUUAAUGUCAAUUGGAAAAGUAUCUCAAAAAGAUGAAAUAAUUAACUAACUUCUUUUAAUCCGGUUAUAUUUUGAAGUUAUAUCAUUUAAUAAGCAAAUAGUACAUUUGCACAUUUUUAAAAUUUUCAAUGGUCAAUAUAUGCAUAUAAAUAAAAUGAUAAAUAAUAAGAAAUAAAAUGUUUUUUUGUUAAUUUAAAAUUUAGGUUAAAAUGGCAUGUUACAAGAAGUUAAAAGAAGAGAUAUUGUCCAGAAGUACUGCAGCAAUGAAUCUGCGUCGUCUGCGUCAGAAAUUUUCUGUAUUGGAUAGAAAAUCCCUGCAGGAUGUACAUAAAAUCGACAAAAUUUAGUGAUUAAACAUAAGUACAUGUGGAAAACGCUACUGGCCAGACCCGGGGUUUUGAUUCUGAAGGUUGAUAACUGUAUUAUAAGUAUCUCUGAUAGUGACCCCAUGAUAUCUGUUCCAAAAAUUCGAAGUAACUUGGUUACCGAAGGGAUACAGGACAUUUUUAUUACAAAAA